CCUCCUGCCCCUUCUCUCCUCCUGCCCCUUCUCUCCUCCUGCCCCUUCUCUCCUCCUGCCCCUUCUCUCCUGACAUCCCUCGCCUUGGCGGGUGUAGGGUCUCUCGGGGUGGGCAGAGAGUGGCGGCACACAGUACAGGUCUGUGAGGAUCAGAGUGCCCCCUCCUCUGCCAGGAAUGACUGGGGGGGGGCACUCAAUCCCUCUAUUCUUCGUCUGUCUCCUGCCGCGCUCGUUACCUGCACAGAGCGCCCAUUAUGACCUGUGUGCGCCCCACCGGGGGUUAAACCAACAGUCCCUGGAGCCAUCUGUACAGCAGGCCUGUAACCCCAGCUGUACCGCAGAUCUGCCACUACUCCCAUCAUCCUCACUGCCUGCAGAGCUUGAGAAGUAGUACUGUGCGCAGUGUGUACAUAGAGAGUAUGCAGAGGUACUGCGGGCAGAGCACUCAAGGUGUGAGACACAUGGAGCCGGCAGGUAUCGACUCCUGGGUGCCGCCACCCCACCCCCACAAACACACCCUGCGGCUCCGCUGUUUACUCAGAUGAGGCAGCAACAGGCGGCAGAUGACGGUAUUUAUCCCAGUAUGGAAGCCCGGAUACUCAAACCGCAUGUCGUCUCUGCUGCUCCUGCUGAUCCUCCUGGGGGUCUCCGCUGAAGAGCCGCCCCCCGCAGCCCCGGCUCAGGACACAUGGAGGGAGUUCUGGCUGCUGCGCUUCAUGGUGAACAUCGCCGGUUACGGGACCGUUCUGAUACCGGGCGUCCUGCUCAUCCAGUACUUCAAGCGGGGCAACUACCUGGAGACGGGUCGGGGGAUCUGUUUCCCGGUGGUGAAGUCGUGUGUAUUCGGACAUGAGUCGAAGUCUGUGGCCGCUGAUGAGCCGCCAUCCAGCCCCCGGGGCGAUGGAGACCCCUCCACCACGCAGCAAGCCUUCAAACUGCUCUUCUGCGCCUCCGGCCUCCAGAUCUCGUACCUGACCUGGGGCGUGUUGCAGGAGCGCGUGAUGACCCGCACCUACUCCUCUGCCGAGCCCGGGAGUCCCGGGGAGAAGUUCAGAGACUCCCAGUUCUUGGUGUUCAUGAACCGUAUCCUGGCGCUGGUUGUGGCGGGCACUUACUGCGCUCUCACCAAGCAGCCGCGCCACGGGGCGCCCAUGUACAAGUACUCGUUUGCCUCCCUCUCCAACAUCCUGAGCAGCUGGUGCCAGUACGAGGCGCUGAAGUUCAUCAGCUUUCCCACCCAGGUCUUGGCCAAAGCCUCCAAGGUGAUCCCGGUGAUGCUGAUGGGGAAGCUGGUGUCGCACAAGAGCUACGAGUACUGGGAGUACUUCACGGCCGUCCUCAUCUCUCUGGGGGUCAGCAUGUUCUUACUGUCCAACGGGGAAGGCCACCGCGCCCCUGGCGUCACCACCUUCUCCGGAGUGGUCAUCUUGGCGGGGUACAUCGUCUUCGACAGCUUCACCUCCAACUGGCAGGACUCGCUCUUCAAGUACAAGAUGUCGUCGGUGCAGAUGAUGUUCGGGGUGAACCUCUUCUCCUGCCUCUUCACCGUCUUCUCUCUGCUGGAACAGGGGGCGCUGCUGGACGCCGUCCGCUUCAUGUCCCGACACCCGGACUUCGCCUUCCAUGCGGCGCUGCUGUCGGUGUGCUCGGGCUUCGGCCAGCUCUUCAUAUUUUAUACCAUAAACAAGUUUGGGGCGGCCAUUUUUACCAUCAUUAUGACUCUGCGCCAGGCCUUGGCCAUCCUCUUGUCUUGUCUGCUCUACGGGCACCCGGUCACCGCAGUGGGCGCGGUGGGCGUGGCGGUGGUCUUUCUUGCCUUAUUCCUCCGUGUCUAUGCCAGGGGCAGGAUGAAGAAGAAGGGCAGGAAGGCGGCAGAUGCCCCGGUGGUUCAGAAGGUCUGAGCAGGACGCGGUAAUUGACCAUUCAUGUGGGGACUUGUGUGGGGACUGAUGGACGGCGGAGAGCCGCUUAUCUCUGACGGAGGAGGGAUCUGGGAUCCUUUAUUUGUAUUUGGGACGUUAAUAUCGUUAUUAAACAUUUACAUUUUC